UUUGCUUUGCAUUUCCAAUUCUGCAUUCUCUACCUUGACGCUGUUGCCCUUGCUAAUAAAAACUAAACAGAGAAAGACACUUUUAAGGGUUUUUGCAAGGGUUUAACAAAAGCUAAGAAAUAAAGCCUAACGCCAAAACUGGCCAAACUCCACUCAAAACUUCUCAAUUUCAGCAUGAGAAAGGCUUCAGUUUCUCUUCUUUCGAACUUCUGCCGCCAAAGGUUCAGGACAAUUGCCCCUGUCUCCAGAAGUUAUGUUUCUGAUAAUUCUCCGUUAUCAUCGUCUUCUUCUUCUUUUUCUUCUUGUUCACCGCUUCACUCAACUGGCCGUCGCCUCCAAUCCUGUGCCAAAACCCAUGGCUUAGUCUUCAAAACCCAUCAAUUCCAAAAAAACCCAUCUUGUAAUCUCGAUACCCUUGUGGAAAAACCAACCCAAUUGUCCUCUAGGCAGAGAAAACUGAGAGAAAAAUCCGAUCUUGAGGAAGCUUUUGAGUCUGCUAAAACCGCUGAAGAAAUGCUCAGAGCAUUUAAAGAUAUGGAAGCUUGUUUUGAUGAGAGAGAGCUGGGGUUAGCUUCAUUGAAAGUUGGACUCAAACUUGACCAAGAAAGUGAAGACCCUGAAAAAGCUCUAUCUUUUGCUGACAAAGCAUUGAAAGCAUUGGAUCAAGAUGGUAAACCUUCUUUACUUGUAGCCAUGGCUUUACAAUUGAUGGGUUCUGUUAAUUAUGGUUUAAAAAGGUUUAAUGAUAGUUUAGGCUAUCUUAAUAGGUCUAAUAGGUUGCUUGGUAGGUUAGAGGAAGAGGGUGUUGCUAGUGUUGAGGAUAUCAGGCCAGUGCUGCAUGCGGUGCAGCUUGAGUUGGGGAAUGUGAAGACUGCUAUGGGUAGGAGAGAGGAGGCUCUUGAGAAUCUUAAGAAGGCUUUGGAAAUUAAGGAGAUGACUUUGGAGAAGGAUAGUAAGGAAUUGGGGGUGGCAUAUAGGGAUUUGGCUGAAGCUUAUGUCUCUGUUCUAAACUUUAAGGAGGCCCUGCCUUUUGGUUUAAAGGCGUUGGAGAUUCAUAGGAAGGAACUGGGCCAUAAUUCAGUGGAGGUUGCACAUGAUAGGAGGAUUCUUGGAGUUAUUUAUACCGGUAUGGAGGAGCAUGAGAAGGCAUUGGAGCAGAAUGAGUUAUCACAGAAGGUUUUGAAGAAUUGGGGUCUUAGCUCUGAGUUGCUCCGUGCAGAAAUUGAUGCUGCUAAUAUGCAGAUCGCAUUGGGGAAGUAUGAUGAAGCUAUUAAUACUUUGAAAGGUAUAGUUCCACAGACAGAGAAAGAUAGUGAGAAUCGAGCUCUGGUGUUUAUUUCGAUGGGAAAGGCUCUUUGUAAUCAGGAAAAAUUUGCAGACUCAAAGAGGUGUUUGGAGAUUGCUUGUGGAAUUCUUGACAAGAAAGAGACAAUUUCGCCAAUUGAAGUUGCUGAGGCAUACUCAGAGAUAUCAAUGCAAUAUGAGACUAUGAAUGAGUUUGAGACUGCGAUUUCAUUGUUAAAGAGAACAUUGGCUUUACUUGAGAAGCAACCUCAAGAGCAGCACUCAGAGGGAAGUGUUUCUGCUAGAAUAGGGUGGUUACUCCUGUUGAGAGGUGAGGUGCCUCAAGCAAUUCCUUACUUGGAGAGUGCAGCAGAGAGAUUGAAAGAGAGCUUUGGUUCCAAGCAUUUCGGGGUCGGGUAUAUUUACAACAAUUUGGGGGCCGCAUAUUUGGAAUUGGAUAGACCUCAGUCAGCAGCACAAAUGUUUGCUGUUGCAAAGGACAUCAUGGAUGUCUCUCUUGGUCCUCAUCAUGCAGAUUCAAUUGAAGCUUGCCAGAAUCUUUCUAAGGCAUAUAGUGCAAUGGGAAGCUAUACCCUUGCAAUCGAAUUCCAGCAGCAAGUAAUUGAUGCCUGGGAAGGCCAUGGACCAAGUGCAGAAGAUGAGCUCAGAGAAGCCCAACGUACUCUUAAAGAGUUAAAGACGAAGGCCCGUGGUACAUCCACUAACCAGCUACCUACAAAGGCCUUGCCUUUGCCACAAAAUAGUCUUGCUUCCAGAAAUUCGCAAACCAGUGUUCCUGUUAACCAGACAACCAGCUCAAUACGGUAGACUUAUAGUAUUUUAUGCUUAUGCACUGUAAUCACAAUGUUCCCCCACUUUUUUAUGUUCUUUAAUUCGUAUUAAUACAUGUUUAACUGGUCAUUUAAAGCAGCUAAAUAGAUUCUCUUUCUUUUCCCCUUCGUUGAAAACAACUUUGGAUUUGCCAAUUUGUUGUGUACGGGAAAGCUUAGAUAAUGCUUGUGUUUCAUUUUUUCCUAAGCAGCAAGUUUUCUCUUUAAUCGGACAUG